GAUUAUUCGCCUUCUUGUUUGGGAGAAAUUACGUUUACAAUUGAGAGAUUUAAAUCUCUUUUAUUUAUUAAUGGAAAUACGGACAUCAACACGCAAUUCUGUCGGUUUGGUGGAAAUAAGGCGUAAUAUUAUUCAACUUGAUGGAAAUUCAAAUCCGUUAGAACUCCAAAAGUGUCAACCUGAAGGAAUGUCUAGGUUUAUUCUUGGUAUGGAUAACAAUGCUAUACUUGUACGCGUACAUGAUGGAGAAAUAUGCCCUCAGGCAAAUUUUAAUUUUGAAAAAAUUUGA